ACAAAAACGAAGAGCUGUUUUCUGGAUCCAAAUUUCAAUUAUGUACUAUUGUCUUUGACGUUUUGGUCUAUUUGUAAUAGUAGUAUUUAAGAACGUUGGACAUAAACUACCCGCGGAGUUUUCGUCCAACCAUCUUUAAUCUAUUUGCCGAUUUACUUUUUAAAACAAACAAAGCCCCGAAUUUAAAAAUUUUCAUUAUUAUUACACUAAACCACCAACCUCAUAAAUGAAGGGUUCAAAACAUUUCAUAUUUCUUUCAACUCUGACAUGAUGAUGUAAGGAGAACUUGCUACUCAUACUCAAUUUUGAUGCUCUAAAUUUCAGUAGCUCAAAUGUCUAAUCUAAUUAGUAGUAUUAAUAAUAUACAUAACGACGUAAUAUUAUUAAUAUGUUCAAAAGUGAUAAAGACUUUUUUUCAUCUAAAACAUAACGAUUCUGUGACAAAUUUUAUAUAAGCAAAUAUAAAUAUAGUUUUAACAAGUAAUUUUAACUAUUCCACAAAAAAACUACAUUAAGUCAAAACCUAUUUUAUAUAAUAAUGAACGAAUUGAAUCAAUUUAUAUUACUUUGGAAAUCUUUCUUUAAAUUUUUUUGAUUAAAUAUAGAAGUUAUAUCAUUUGAACAGUAAAUAUUGUAAAAGCAAUAACCAGUUAUUUAGUUAAAUGGUAGACCAAAAAAAAAUCACAAAAAUAGCAUUUUAUAUCAUACUAGCUAGCAACAGACACAGUAAACCAGUAACAUGCUUUUUAAGUUUCCACAACAAGUAAUAAUGGUUACUCUCUUGACUUUGUAUGGUUUUAAUGUUUAUAUAGUUUAAAUUUUACCAAUCUUUAUAUUUAUAUGAUUUGAUUUUGAGGUAGUGUUUAUCAAAAGAAAAGGAUGUAGUUAACCUUUUUAAAAAAUUAGAAAAUAUUCUAAAUUUAUAACAAAAUUAAUAAAUACUAAUGCUACAAAUUAUAGUUCUAAAGGCUUAACCAUAGAACUAUCAAUAUCAUCCCCCUCAAAAAAUAACCAUCCGGCUUAUUUUUGACUAAGAUGUUUUAGAUCAUCUGCAGCGUUAUCGACUAGUUCAAUUAUGCUGAAAAAGGUAAUGGAUAUUUGUAAGAGUACGCAUAUAUGAAGCUUUAAAAUGUAAAUAAAUUAAUACAUAAGUUUAACUUAUCAGUAAACAAAACAUAAUAUUAAUAGUAUUAUUUUUCUGCAAGUUAAAUUUUGGGUUGUACCUGGCAAGUACUGCCUAUGUACUCUCACAGUUAUGCUUUCGUCAUCAUCUUUCCAUGUCUUUUCUCUCUAUAUAUAACCCCUCUUUUCUAGUUUUCUUACACUCUCUCUCUCUCUGGUUUUGAACUUUAUCGCUCUUCAAACCGUCGGAGAAAACAAUAAAGAUGAAACAUCUAAUCCGCCGCCUCUCUCGCGUCGCCGACUUAGCCUCCGAGUUCUCCUUCCGCCGAUCCAUCUCCUCCUCCUUACACAUCCGCCGCGGUCACCAUCGUCUCCACAUGCAACCGCCAUGGUCCAUUUGUCAGGCUAGACGAGUCAACACCGUCCCCGCCGGUCACGUACCCGUCUACGUCGGCGAAGAGAUGGAGAGGUUCGUGGUGAGCGCUGAGCUCCUGAACCAUCCGGUCUUCGUGGGACUGCUCAACAGAUCCGCUCAGGAGUACGGCUACGCUCAGAAAGGAGUCCUCCACAUCCCCUGCCACGUCAUCGUUUUCGAGCGCGUGGUGGAAACGCUCCGGUCGGGUUACAACGAGCCCGGGGAGAUGCAGGAGCUCGUCGCGUCGUUGCUCUCAGGCGAUGAGCUGUUACCUGGAACUACAGAGUAGCUCUGAUAAGAAUCCAAACGGCAAACUAUGCUUUUCCUCAGAUUAUGUAAAUAACUAAAUAUAUACAAAUUUUUAUUUUUCUUUUA